GUGGUGUGUUGCCAGUUGCCACCUUCUCCCCCACCCCAAAAAAUUAAACACCACCCUCUCUCUCUCAACUUUCUCUCUCUCUCUCACUCUCUGUCUAAACCCAUUUUUCUACCCUUUUUCUUCCCAAAACCCCAUCCUGACCUAUACAUACACACCUCUGUAUCUAUAGCUCUUGUACACACACAUGCAUCUCGCAGCACGCACUCACACGCGUACUGUGAGUUUGUAGAGAAUCACGACCGGCGUGCCUCUUUUGCGGAGAUUUAAUUGUUGAGGGUUUUGAUUCGAAAUACUUGUAGAGAUGCAAUCCAUUUCUCAUUCUUCUACUCCCGGCGGUCUGAUGUGAUGACUAUUGUCGCCAGUCGAUGGCUUUUUCCAUGCUUCGUUUCACACUCCCACAUCACGUGAUAGGAUUGGUGGUAGUCCUAUUGCUGUCAAUCGCCGCAAACCCUAGUUCGAUUCUUGCUUUAGCGGAGUCGGACUUUGACUUGGAUUUCGACUCGGAUGUUCUUUUAUUCCACCAGUAAUACACGCCGCCAGCGCCGCCCCCUCCUCCGCCGCAUCCGCCGUCGCUCUCAUGCGAGUCCGAUCUCGGCGGCAUUGGUUCCUUAGACACCACUUGUCAAAUAGUCUCCAACUUGAACCUAUCGAAGGAUGUCUAUGUAGAAGGCAAGGGCAAUUUUGUGAUUUCGCCAAAUGUUACUGUGAAUUGCUCAUCGUUCUCUGGAUGCGAGCUUGCGAUUAAUGUUACUGGAAACUUUACUUUGGGUGAGAAUUCAUCGAUAAUCUGUGGCACUUUUGAGUUGGUCUCAGAUAACGCCAGUUUUGGGAAUGGUUCUUCUGUUAACACUACAGGGUUGGCCGGGUCACCCCCCCCUCAGACUAGUGGUACACCGCAAGGAGUGGAUGGAGCGGGUGGGGGGCAUGGGGGCAGGGGUGCAGCAUGUUUGAAGGAUAAGAGUAAGCUUCCUGAAGAUGUGUGGGGUGGGGAUGCAUAUUCGUGGUCAAGUUUGGGGAAGCCCUGGAGUUAUGGGAGUAGAGGUGGGACAACAAGUAGGGAGGUUGAUUAUGGGGGUGGAGGAGGAGGGAGGGUGAUGUUUCUUGUAUCGAAGCUGUUGGAGGUGAAUGGCAGUGUUUUGGCUGAUGGCGGAGAUGGGGGUGUCAAAGGUGGAGGUGGAUCUGGAGGCAGCAUCUACAUCAAGGCUUAUAAGAUGAUUGGAAUAGGCAAUAUAAGUGCUUGUGGUGGUAGUGGUUAUGCUGGAGGUGGUGGUGGUAGAGUUUCGGUUGAUAUUUUUAGCAGGCACGAUGAACCAGUCAUUGCUGUACAUGGUGGAAGCAGUCUUGGUUGCCCUGAAAAUGCAGGUGCUGCGGGAACAUUUUAUGAUGCUGUUCCUCGUAGCCUUACUGUCAGCAACAAUCACAAAUCUACAUAUACAGAUACGCUUCUCAUGGACUUUCCUCAACCAUUUUUAACAAAUGUCUAUAUCCGGAAUCAGGCAAAGGCUGCUGUUCCUUUGCUGUGGAGUCGCGUCCAGGUUCAAGGACAAAUAAGCCUCUUGUCUGGAGGAGUGUUGAGUUUUGGGCUUGCACAUUAUUCGAUGUCAGAGUUUGAGCUAUUGGCAGAAGAGUUGUUAAUGAGUGAUUCUGUAAUUAGAGUUUUUGGGGCUCUUCGCAUGUCUGUUAAAAUGUUCUUAAUGUGGAACUCAAGGAUGUUAAUAGAUGGUGGUGGAGAUGAAAAUGUUGAGACAUCAUCACUUGAAGCUAGUAAUCUGAUAGUCCUGAGAGAGUCAUCCCUUAUCCAUUCAAAUGCAAACCUGGGGGUUCACGGGCAAGGUUUGUUGAAUUUGUCUGGACCCGGGGACUGCAUAGAAGCUCAACGCCUAGUUUUGUCAUUGUUCUAUAGCAUCAAUAUUGGACCUGGAUCUGUUCUGCGAGGUCCUUUAAGAAAUUCCUCGGAUGAUGCUGUGACGCCAAAACUUUAUUGUGACUCACAAGACUGUCCUGCCGAACUGCUUCAUCCACCUGAAGAUUGCAAUGUGAAUUCUUCUCUGUCCUUUACCCUACAGAUCUGUCGAGUUGAGGAUAUCCUAGUUGAAGGUUUUGUUGAAGGUUCUGUUGUUCAUUUCCAUAGAGCCAGAACUAUUGCUGUCCAACCUUCUGGAAUUAUAAGCACAACUGGGAUGGGCUGCCAUGGCGGUGUUGGUCAAGGAAUAGUAUUAAGUAAUGGUCUUGGUAGUGGUGGUGGGCAUGGAGGUAAAGGUGGUAUGGCCUGUUAUAAUGACAGCUGCAUUGAUGGUGGUAUAUCAUAUGGAGAUGCUAAUUUGCCUUGCGAACUGGGUAGUGGAAGUGGAAAUGAUAGCUUGGCCAUGUCUACUGCUGGUGGCGGUAUUUUGGUGAUGGGUUCCUUGGAGCAUCCAUUGCUGAGUUUAUAUGUUGAAGGUUCUAUUAGAGCAGAUGGAGACAGCUUUCAAGGGAGCUUCCAAAAGAAGAAUCUCUCCGCUGCUAAUGCAAAUUUUGGUCUUGGGGGCGGAUCUGGUGGUACUAUCUUGUUGUUUUUGCGUUCUCUGGCCCUCAGUGAGUCUGGCAAUUUAUCUAGUGUUGGAGGUCAUGGUAGCCUGAGUGGUGGUGGAGGUGGUGGUGGUGGAAGGAUUCAUUUUCACUGGUCGGACAUUCCCACUGGAGAUGUAUAUUGGCCCUUAGCUAUAGUUAACGGAAGCAUUCUUACAGGGGGUGGAUUAGGUGCUGACCAGGGCCGCCCAGGCGAAAAUGGAACAGUCAGUGGAAAAGCUUGCCCAAAGGGGCUUUAUGGAAUAUUUUGCGAGGAAUGUCCGGCUGGCACUUAUAAGAAUGUCACUGGGUCUGAUAGAUCCCUCUGUUUUUCCUGUCCAAGAGAUGAGCUUCCCAACCGUGCUGUUUAUGUACAUGUCCGAGGUGGUAUUACUGAAACACCAUGUCCUUACAAAUGUCUUUCGGAGAGAUAUCACAUGCCACAUUGUUAUACUGCUCUUGAGGAGUUGAUAUAUACAUUUGGAGGACCCUGGUUGUUUGGCCUCCUGCUUUUGGGCCUUCUGGUUUUGCUGGCUUUGGUCCUCAGUGUCGCCCGAAUGAAGUUCAUUGGGGUUGACGAGUUACCAGGCCCUGCUCCUACGCAGCAGGGUUCUCAAAUAGAUCACUCAUUUCCUUUCCUGGAGUCUCUUAAUGAGGUUUUGGAAACUAACAGAGUGGAGGAGUCACAGAGUCAUGUGCAUAGGAUGUACUUUAUGGGUCCAAAUACAUUUAGUGAACCUUGGCAUCUUCCUCAUACUCCACCCGAACAAGUGAAAGAAAUAGUUUACGAGGGUGCAUUUAAUGCAUUCGUGGAUGAGAUCAAUGCGCUUGCCGCAUAUCACUGGUGGGAAGGGUCAGUACACAGCAUUCUUUGCAUUCUUGCUUAUCCUUUCGCAUGGUCAUGGCAACAAUGGCGCCGGAGAAUGAAGUUGCAGAAAAUACGAGAGUUUGUGCGAUCUGAAUACGACCAUUCUUGCUUACGUUCUUGUCGUUCACGUGCUCUUUAUGAAGGGCUGAAGGUUGCUGCAACACCAGAUUUAAUGCUUGCUUAUGUGGACUUUUUCCUUGGGGGUGAUGAAAAGAGAAGUGAUCUUCCUCCUCGUCUCCAUCAAAGGUUUCCAAUGUCUCUAUUAUUUGGAGGUGAUGGAAGCUACAUGGCUCCUUUCUCGCUUCAUAACGACAAUAUCAUCACCAGUCUCAUGAGUCAGUCUGUGCCACCAACAACAUGGUAUCGCUUUGUAGCUGGUUUAAAUGCACAGUUACGCUUGGUAAGAAGGGGUUGCCUUAGAUCGAAGUUUCGCCCAGUGAUUCAGUGGCUUGAAAUGUUUGCAAAUCCUGCAUUAAGUGCCUACGGUGUGCAUGUGGAUCUUGCUUGGUUUCAAGCAACAACUGAUGGCUAUUGUCAUUAUGGACUCCUGAUAUAUGCUGUCGAGGAAGAAAUUGGCCACGUAUCACCAACAUGUCUUGAUGGAGAAACUGGAAUUCAACAGCGUUCAAGUGCCUUAGGUGUUUAUCUGAAAGAUGAGCCAUCAAAUAAGAUUUACUUGGGUCAAACUCAGAGGAGCUUUGAUGGUAACUCGAGGAGGAAGAUUGAUGGUGGGAUUCUAGAUAUUAACAGCUUGAAGGUGCUUGAGGAGAAAAGAGAUUUAUUCUUCAUCCUCUCUUUUCUAAUUCACAACACCAAACCUGUGGGCCACCAGGAUCUUGUUGGUUUGGUGAUCUCUAUCCUGCUUCUAGGAGAUUUUAGUCUAGUAUUGCUCACAUUGCUCCAGUUGUACUCAUUCUCCCUAGUAGACGUCUUUCUUGUGUUGUUUAUUAUACCACUGGGGGUUUUGCUUCCCUUCCCUGCUGGAAUCAAUGCUUUAUUCAGUCAUGGACCGAGGCGGUCAGCAGGUCUUGCACGUGUAUAUGCUUUGUGGAACAUCACAUCCUUGAUAAACAUUGGUGUUGCAUUCAUUUGUGGGUAUAUUCACUAUCGUACGCAAUCCAGUAGGAAAAUUCCAAACUUUCAGCCAUGGAAUGUGGAUGAAAGUGAAUGGUGGAUUUUUCCUUUUGCACUUGUUUUGUGUAAAUGCAUCCAAUCGAAGCUUGUGAAUUGGCAUGUGGCGAAUUUGGAAAUUCAGGAUCGUUCAUUGUAUAGUAAUGACUUCAACUUGUUCUGGCAAUCAUAGAACUUACUGAGCAAAUAUUUCCACACUAACACCCAUCAAUUUUUUUCAUGGGUUUUAUUGCAAUGUGUUUUAUUUAGUCCUUUAGAGAAUAGAGUGGGUUGACACAGGAGUAGAGAAAGAAAAUGAUAAAAAAAGGGGAAAAGAACUAGAUAGAGCUGAGGCAUUUAUUUUGUAGCCUUCUGUUGUGCAGUUAUAUUCCUUUUGCGAUGUAAAUAUCAAAUGGGAUAUUCCCGUGCUUUGACAUACUUUAAUUUUGCUCUAGCUCAUUAGGUAUUGUUACACUGUUACAUAAUAAUGCAUUUGGCUUCAUAAUUCAGGG